GGAGGGAGAGGCGGGGUUCUCGCUUGCUCUGCUUAAAGCGGAGAAAGGAAGUCGAACGUUUGAAUAAAAAAAUAAAGAUAUAUAUAUAAAAUAAAGGGAGGCAGUGGCCGUCAAAGAGAGCGAGAGAGAAGGAGCGGUCGGCAGUCGGUGGUAGUGGUGGUUGUUGAGAAUUAUUCCCCAUCCUUGACCGGGCCAUUGUGUGCGUGAAGACGACAUCACAACAACAACAUCAUCAGCAUCAUCAUCAGCAUCACAACCUUCCUGGUGUGACUCCCUAACCGCAUGGGUUUGCAACUAAUACACUCAUAAGCACGAGUCGUGUGGUCGUUCAAGUGGCAAGGAAGACGUCGCUACAACAACCGCCGCCGCCGCCUGUGUCAUCUCCAGCGACAUCAUCAUGGUUAUCCGGGUCUUCAUCGCGUCUUCCUCUGGCUCUAUGGCAAUCAAGAAGCAGCAGCAGGACGUGCUGGGCUUCCUGCAGGUGAACAAGAUCGAGUUUGAGGAGUGCGACAUAGUCGUGAGCGACGAGAACAAGCGCUACAUGCGCGAGCACGUGCCGCGCGACCACUGCCCCACCAGCGGCGUGCCGCUGCCUCCGCAGAUCUUCAACGGCGAGUCCUACCUCGGGGACUACGAGUCGUUCUUCGACGCCAAGGAGAACAACGCCGUGUUCACGUUCCUCGGCCUCACUCCCCCGCCCGGUUCAAAGGAGGCAGAGGCUCUGGCUCGGCAGUAACCGUGGACGGGUCUGGUACCCGCCGGGAGCUGCUUCACAUUCCCUCGCGGCUUCCGGCGGAAGAUUCCUCGGGGCAAUCCUCCGGCAUUCCGCACAGAAGAAACCCAGACGGAAUUCCUGACGGAACAAGAAAAUCCCCACCCUUCUUUUUGAUCCUUAGUAAGGAUAUCGUUGUUUUGUUGUUGUUGUUGUUGCCGUCGUCGUCAUUGUCGUCGUCGUCGUUGUUGUUGCAAGUUUACCCGUGCUGAUAUUUAACGAGCAAAUGACAAAACGUUUUGUACGCGCGCACGCGUUCACCUGUAAUGCACGCACACACGCGCACACGUGCACGCGCGUGAGCUUCACAGUGCCGAUCCACGGUGACGCUCGCACACACUCGGACGCCUGUCACCGCGGCUGCUCCUUCGCCAAGAGACAAAACGCCUCCCGUGUCGCCAUACAGAAGAUUGAGCAAACCGCUGUUCGCAAGGUAGCGAGUCGCGAGCGCCUCUCGAGGCCGGCACGGCACGCGAGCUGGUGGCAUUGUGGCCAGCGCCACGCCCGGCCGCAUCAGUCUCCCCACCGCCGCUCGUGUUUACACACCGCACCAAAGUAAGGGAUUGACGUAGGGGGGAGGCCCAGGACCGGUUCAGAUAAUCACCACUGGGGUCAGCCGUGGCCAGAAAUCGAACUCGGGAUGCCAAGUCCAUAUCGCAGUGCCCUAUCCGUGGAGCUACCACUCCACCCACAUGGCCAUGCGCAGGACGCUCGUAUUGCCUACGCAGACUACUGGGGCAAUUCCUGUUAGGGACUACAAAGAUAAAAGACAAAGAUCCCCCGUGUAUAGCCUUCACAGGCGAGUGCUGUUAGCGAAUAUCAUCGAUGAAGGCCGGCACGGCACGCGAGGGAGUAGGUGGCCAGCACCACGCCCGGCCGCCUUUGUCUCCUUAGUGACGAUGUUUGCACACCGCACCCCAGGUACUCAACGAACCGAGUGGGGAGGCCCAGCGCCGGUUGAGAUAAUCAUCACUCGUGUUGGCCAUGAGCGGGAAUCGAACUCGUGUCACCGGGUUCGUAGCGCAGCGCGCUAACCACUGCGUCGACCAGGGGUGACAUUCAACAAAUGUUAAUUUCAAGAAUGAUUAAGAGUCAGGCUGUUGAACUAGACGCCAUCGGUUGGCGACACGCUCUGACGAUGCAGUUGCAUGGAGUCCGCCAGACCGAGUGUCGUACACUUAUACGUAGAAUGUCACCCCCGUCACCCACCCCUGGCGUCGACACACACACACGCACGCACAUUGUGAAAUGUUCACCAGUGUCAGUUUAACACGCAGGCUUUCGCGACCAAUAACCACCAUCGUCAGGCAACAGCCGCAUUUGUGUUUCACCGAUGCAUUGACACUUGUGUUGUUUGUUCAAGGCUGUCGGCGCCAUCGGUUAGUCAACGGCGAAGUCGCGAGUCUCGGCAGCCCAGUCCAAAUUCGUUCAUCAGCCCCCGCACGACCACAGCUAUAUCCGAGAUACGCAACACCAACGCAGCAAUGAACGGUGGUGUACAGAUACGAGACGAAGAUUCCCCCCCCCCCCCGUAUAGCCUUGACAUACUGUCGGGCGGGGCACGUGCUGUUAGCGAGCAGCUCCUAUGAAGGCCGACACCACGCACCCUCGCCCCCACCGCCUUUGUUUGCCGAGUGGCGAUGUUUGCAGAUUGCACCAGGUACGCAUUGGAGGCCGAGCCAACCCAUGGAGGGGGCCCAAGACCGGUUCAGAUAAUCGUCAAUCUCAGAUACAGGACUGCGCACGCACGGCUAAAGCAACACGGAGUGAGAUGGGGAAGCUCAAUGAUUUAAAGAGUAAAAAAAAAACAUUAAACUGCACCUCGUUUGGUUAAAUUCCAUUUCCGAGAAUUCGGAUUGUGUAGUUUGACCGUCAUGCCACGGACAUUACUCCCGGUGCCAAAUCGCGUGGGCGAGUGCUGCCCGCCACUGGGCGAGGAGCAGGGGUCACCUGAAGGGAUCUCGGAACUAGUUCUGCGGUGUCCGCUUCCCUGGGCCCGUUCGUCUGAUAUCGAGUUUGCACUGCCCUGAGAGGAGUUGCUAAUGGACGCGGCAUCGCGCGACGUGGAUGCCGACGGAAGUAUUUUGAAGUCCAUCCUUUGAGAUGCCAAUUCUCUCCACGAUCUUAAUGUCCUGGGCUUCUCCGGUCCUCGCCGAUCGAUGCCUCCGUUUCGAUCUGUAAAACUGCUUCCGUGUAAAUUGCAAAGGGGGGGGGGAGGGGGGGCCGGUUUGAGGAGGUUGACCCUGGGGGGGUCACAAAUGAAAUCCGGUCCACAUUUUUGCGCAGGCCGUACGAGUCUCACGGGAGACUCCGAAUCCUUGACACGCCGUGCACCACCCCGCCCCCCUCCCCCCCCGGGGCAUUGGAACCGUGCGUUGGGGGAACAAAACCGUGCGAUGGAUCGAAAUUCGAGGGGAACCCGGAGUCUCGGCUUAACUCCCAAAAAAUAUUUGCACAAAAAAAACAUUCCACACACUAUUAAAGCGAACAGCUGUUAGAUGGAUUCCUCUUUUGGAUGGGGGGGUCGGGAGGUUUGUUUCUUCUUCACAAAUUCUCUUUGCUCGUUUGGGUUUUUUUUGGGGGGGGGGGGAGUCCAAAUCCCCCCCAAAUGAGGUCAUUUCCACCUCCUCUCAAGGCCCCCCUCCCUCCCAGACUCCGCUUUAAGCGUUGCGCAGACCGCUCGCUCGCUCUGACCCUGAAGGACCCACCCCAGGAUCUGGCUCGCUAACGCCACGUCGUGGUCCCGUGUGGACCUCCAAGACGACUUAAUGCGUUCCUUGUGUGUGUGUGUGUACCGUAUUAUACAAUACCCGAGUCUGUGGUUGUUUGAUCACGUGAGGAAUCGGCGUUUGCCGAGAGGCGUAACGGUUUGGCGAGCUGUGCACAAGUCGUGAAUUAAACGUGGCCAUAGUGAAAUGUU